AUGCUUGAAAACAAAACCGUCGAGUCAGUUGAAUAUACAGGAACCCUUUCAGAACAUGGCGUUAAAUGUUUAAAUGUGAAAGGGGAGCAGGAACGUGUAGCGGAAACAUUCAAUCUUUCCCAUGCCAUUAUUGUACCAUCUAACAAAAGUUUUGUUUUCACUUCUGGUCAUAUCGGAUGUGAUGAUGACAUGUUCUCCUAUACUCCUAGUAUAGAAGUUCAGAUGUUCAAUGCUUUCGAAAACAUUGAAAAGACAUUAGUCGGGGCUGGCGCUCUGGAUGGCUGGGGUAGUGUUAUUCAGUUGACAACAUAUCAUUUGAACGAUAUUCAAUCUCAAGAAUUUGGCGAUGCUUUGAACAAGGUAUAUGAAAAGUAUUUAAAUAAAAAUAGACCAGGAUGUACUAUAUUAGGUGUAAGCCAACUUGGUAUUAAAGGCAUGCUAGUUGAAGUCCAAGUCACGGCUAUUAUUGACACUUAA